CCCGCCGCCGGCCCCUGUCCCCCCGCCGCCUGACCCUGACCCUGACCGCCCUGCUGUCCUGCUGCUGCCCGGCUGCAGGGAAGAAGAAGCUGUACAUCGGAGCGCUGUUCCCCAUGAGCGGCGGCUGGCCGGGGGGGCAGGCCUGCCUCCCCGCCGCCCAGAUGGCCCUGGACCUGGUCAACAGGAGGACCGACAUCCUGCCCGACUACCAGCUGGAGCUCAUCCACUACGACAGCAUGUGUGACCCUGGCGAAGCCACCAAGCUGCUGUACGACCUGCUCUACACGGAGCCCAUCAAGGUGGUGCUGAUGCCGGGCUGCAGCUCCGUCUCCACGCUGGUGGCUGAGGCGGCGCGCAUGUGGAACCUCAUCGUGCUGUCCUACGGCUCCAGCUCCCCGGCGCUCUCCAACCGCCAGCGCUUCCCCACCUUCUUCCGCACCCACCCGUCCGCCACGCUGCACAACCCCACCCGGGUGCAGCUGUUCCAGAAGUGGAAGUGGACCAAGAUCGCCACCAUCCAGCAGACCACCGAAGUCUUCACCUCCACCCUGGAUGACCUGGAGCAGCGGGUGAAGGAGGCUGGGAUUGAGAUCAGCGUCCGGCAGAGUUUCCUCACCGACCCCGCCGUGGCCGUCAAGAACCUGAAGCGCCAAGACGCUCGGAUCAUUGUGGGUCUGUUCUACGAGACGGAGGCCAGGAAGGUGUUCUGCGAGGUGUUCAAGGAGAAGCUGUUCGGGAAGAAGUUCGUGUGGUUCCUGAUCGGCUGGUACGCCGACAACUGGUUCAAGAUCAAGGACCCGUCCAUCAACUGCACAGUGGAGCAGAUGACAGAGGCGGUGGAGGGCCACGUGACCACCGAGAUCGUCAUGCUCAACCCGGAGACGGUGCGCGGGGCGUCCAACCUGACCUCGCAGGAGUUUCUGGCCAAACUGAUGUCGAAGCUUGGGGGGAAGAACCCAGAGGAGACGGGGGGGUUCCAAGAGGCCCCCCUGGCCUACGAUGCUGUGUGGGCUCUGGCUCUGGCCCUCAACAAGACGGUGGGGCCCCUAAAGGCCAAAGGUCACCGCCUGGAAGACUUCAACUACAACAACCGAGACAUCACAGCUGAGAUCUACCGAGCGAUGAACACCAGCUCCUUCGAAGGCGUUUCGGGCCACGUCAUUUUCGAUGCUCAAGGCUCUCGGAUGGCCUGGACUCUGAUCGAGCAGCUUCAGGGAGGCAGCUAUAAGAAGAUCGGGUACUACGACAGCACCAAGGGGAACCUGUCCUGGUACGGCAACGACAAGUGGAUCGGCUCGGGACCCCCUGCAGACCAGACGGUGGUCAUCGAGGAGUUCCGCUACCUGUCCCAGAAGCUCUUCGUGUCCGUGGCAGUCUUCGCCGGCCUGGGGAUCCUGCUGGGCAUCGUCUGCCUCACCUUCAACAUCUACAACAGCAAAGUCAGGUACAUCCAGAACUCCCAGCCGUACCUCAACAACAUGACGGCGGUGGGCUGCAUGAUGGCGCUGGCGGCCAUCUUCCCUCUGGGCAUCGACGGCCUUCAUGUGCACAGACGCCAGUUCCCCGUGGUCUGCCAGUUCCGCCUGUGGCUGCUGGGUCUGGGCUUCAGCCUGGCCUACGGCAGCAUGUUCACCAAGAUCUGGUGGGUCCACACCGUCUUCACCAAGAAGGACGAGAAGAAGGACAAGAGGAAGCAGCACCUGGAGCCCUGGAAGCUGAACGCCACGGUGGGGGUGCUGCUGGGCGUGGACGUCCUGUCGCUGAUGGUCUGGCAGAUCGUGGAUCCUCUACACAUCACGGUGGAGAAGUUCACCAGAGAGGCCCCGAAGGGGGACCUGGACGUCCUGAUCCAGCCGCUGCUGGAGCACUGCAGCUCCCACAAGAUGAACACAUGGCUGGGAGUGGUUUAUGGGUACAAAGGCCUGCUGCUGCUGCUGGGCAUCUUCCUGGCCUACGAGACCAAGUCCGUCUCCACCGAGAAGAUCAACGACCACCGCGCCGUGGGCAUGGCCAUCUACAACGUGGCCGUGCUGUGUAUGAUCACGGCCCCCGUCACCAUGAUCCUGUCCUCCCAGCAGGACGCCUCCUUCGCCUUCGCCUCCCUGGCCAUCGUCUUCUCCGUCUACAUCACCCUGGUGGUUCUGUUUGUCCCCAAGAUGCGGCGUCUGAUCACGCGUGGCGAGUGGCAGUCGGACGCUCAGGAGACCAUGAAGACGGGAUCGUCCACCAACAACAACGACGAGGAGAAGUCCCGCCAGCUGGAGAGGGAGAACAAGGAGCUGCAGAAGAUCAUUCAGGAGAAGGAGGAGCGAGUGUCGGAGCUGAGGAGCCAGCUGUCGGAGCGCCAGGCGCUGCGGUCCCGGAGGCGGGCCUCCACCAUCACCAACCAGAACCACAGCCCCCCGCCGCUCUCCGUCGCCCAGAGCAACCCCCGGGCCCUGGCCCCGCCCCCGGGCUACCCCGCUCCCACCUCCGAGCCCCACCUGGGCCCCGCCCCCUUCUCCAACUCCUCCAGCCUCUACCAGCCCGACAGCAAGAUCAGCCGCAACAACUGCCACACCAGCCGCCUGCAGAUGCUCUACAAGUGAGUGGAGCGCCCGCCCGGGACCUGGGAAUCGAACCGAGCGUCUGCAGGAGCAGCCCUCCAGAAGGCAUCCCAGCAGCUAGCAGAGACCGAGCCUGAGGAGGACCAUCAUCAUCGACAUC